UGAUGUGUGAUUUGGUGAGUGUAAGUCACUCGCUUCUCAUGUAAACUAUAAUAUAUUGAAUCUCCUCUCUCUUCUCUUUUUCGCAACUUUCACAGAGAGGUAGUUUUUGAUGUUUGCCGGCCGGAAUAUUUUCCGGUGAAUAGCCGUCCCGAGUGGCUCGGACUUCUGCCCGGAGUUCCGUUCAGUGUUAUUUCGGUGGUAAACAAAAAAAUUUCGUGCGAUGUUUCGACGAUAUUUUCUUCACCGGAUUCUGGGCUUCUCGACGGCAAGGUUGAUGUCGUUAAAUUUCUGAUGAUGACUUAUCGGCAUGUGUUACAGUUGAAUUCUAAAGUCAACACGUGUUUUCGGAUAAGAGUCCAACGUUAAGAAUCUUUUUGCUGUACAUGUUACUCUAAUGGGCUAUUGUUGGGCUCCAAUUUUCUUGCUGCACAAUCGUUGUAGG